UCGGCAUCUGUAGAUAAAUAACAGACAGACAGAGAGGGGCUGGUUUAAAUGGUUUGUCUGUUGUAGUUGUGUGAUGGUUAAACUGGUAUAGGCUCAGCAUUUAGUGAUUGGAUUAUUUGUCAGAUGUUGGAAAGCGCAAUGACAAACCCAGUGUUCAGGGUUUUUCUCUCUGCUGUGCUCGUGUAUCAGGCUCUUUCCACUGAAUCAGGUUGUGAUGGAUCUGAAUGCGGCAAAAAUGCGCUUUCGGAAAAGCCAAAGAACGCGGAGUUUCUGAAGAAGUUUAAUGAAAUGAACAUGCACACGCAGACGCCGCAACGCGCGCAUCGCAACGCGCAGGCCGCGUUACCUUUUCUUGGACUCACUGGAGUUGCUAAACAAAGUCGUACCUGCUGUAAAAACGGAGGGACUUGUAUUCUGGGAAGUUUCUGCGCCUGUCCGAAACACUUCACGGGCCGAAGCUGUGAAUAUGACGAGAGAGCCAGGGACUGUGGGAUUAUUCCACACGGUGAGUGGGUACAGAAGGGAUGUUCGUACUGCCGGUGUGGUUAUGGACUUCUGCAUUGUUUUCCUCAUGUCUUCAACAAUGACUGCGAUGACUCUGAGGAGGUUCGGUGGUAUCGUUCAGAUGGUCUCAGAUUGUUGUCCUCUCUGUGUGUUGUGUGUUCGGCUUUGAUUUUACCCUUUCUAUUGUAAACGGUGAACUGUGUGAAUCGUUUUCUUAACCAGCUUUUGUAUGAACCGUAAAAGACUUUUAUUUGAAAUGUUUUUGUGGUUGUUUAGGGCAUUUAUUGGUGGCACUGAAAUGCAUUUUGCUUCCAGUGGAAGUUUUCCUAUAGCUGUGUUUAAAAGCAACUGUUUCGUGAAGGAAUAUUGUAUAUAGGAUUUAUAUAGAAAAUAUAUUGUGUUUGUGUCAGUGCUGAGCCGGCCAUAAAGAUUUUUGUUAUUUUCUAUGUCUCUGUAUACAUUUAUUUUACCAUAGAGUGCAAUUUCCACCUAGUUUAUCAUCAUACAUGUACUUGACAGCAAGUGAGAGUUGUUUUUUAUUUUGGUAACGUCCUAAUUUGUUCUCUAAACUUUCGUUUGCUGUUCUUGUCAAUGGAGAGAAAGUCUGAUAACGCCCAGAUAUCUCUGAUUGUUGACCUUUCGGCUAUUUUCUCUUAUCUUAUAUAAACAAGUAGUCGGCCAAUCAAUCUCACCGCAGCAGCGACUAUCUUGACCUUCUAGAGUUGGGUGCAGAUUUUGAUGAAUUUGAAUGAAUUUGUCUCAUCCAAUUAAAACUCACAUCAAUAACUACA